AUGCAACAAAUGCCACCUGCUUCAGUCGGAGAGAAAUAUCCAACCCAACCCAUUCCUUCGGCAGAGGUGGACCCUAUACAUGAAGAAGAUAGUUUUUUCGUAGACAAUGUCUAUGAAGAUAAACAUCAAGCAUCAUCAUCGGCAGAUACAAAGAAAGUUUCUUCAUCUCCAACAAAUCCUCAUUCCCAACAACACAUCAUUUCCGCUAACGUUUUAAACAUUAGUCCAAUCAUGCCAACCAAUACAACCUCGGUACCAACUCCAUCCCGAAAGAAUAAUCCUUCGUCGAAAAACGAGGCUUCGCUUCCAAAACUGUCAUCCCUAACACAAAAACCAAAGUCACCCUAUGAAACUAGACCUCAAACAGCCCCUCCAAAGAAGCCUGUACUACAAAAAACACCGUCUAAACCAAAGCCGGAGGAACCUACAAUUGUAAAACCAUAUUAUAUCGACAGAAAGAAACCAUAUGAUGAGAGUAAGGUAAAAGAGUUUAUGAAAAAGAAACAGCAAGAGCUUAUACAGCAAAAGGUUGAAUCUAAGAAAGCAAAGGAGGAAGCAAAGAUAAAGAAAGAGCAAGUGUUGCAAAAGCUUGAAGCAUAUGUGCAAAAAGUAAUUGUAAAGCCUAAGAAGAAGUCAGUGUCUCCGAAAAAGAAAUCAAAGAAGAUAGAAGUUCAUCAAACUGUCACAACUGUUGAAAACCUGCUUAAAAAACGAAGCAAAACACCUCCUUCAACCGCAAUACCUCCAUCUUCUAUCAGAAAAGAAGACAAGCCAAAGAAAAAGAAGACCAAAAAGAUUGGGUCUGACAAAAAACAGCACUUCGAAGUGGAGAACGAAGAGCACACUAGGCCUUUUUCAGUUCCUUUAAAUGAUCAGGAAAUGAAUGUUUUUCACAGAACAACGCAAAGAGAAUUCUUAUAUGACAACGAAAUUCAACAGCACAGAAACAUUUUCAUCCCAAGCAACAACUUUCAACAACAGAUUCAUCCUCCCCCAUCUCACAAGGAAUCAAAACUUGUAAUAGUUAAUACUCAGCCACAAGGAAAUACUCCUGAUGUUCAAAUACAUCAUCCAGCACACCGAUUUGCAUGGAUUGAGCAACAACAACAACCAAGAGUGUUAAAUGACCAUCCAGAGGACGUUGACGUGGCUGCUGAGAGCUACCAACACAAAUCUCAAUCCACACCUCCAAUAAUUCAACAGUCUGUUGAAACCAAUGAAUCAUCAGCACCAUUAUUUAUUAUGAAUAAGAACAGAUCUCCUCAAAACACGGAAACCCGUCUUGUACAUUCAAUUUCUUCAAUUUCAUCUUCAACUCACACACAAAAUCCAGCAAUUGAAAGCGAUGAAGAGAUAUUACAAGAGACCGAGACUGAAACCUUCAAAAGUAGAUAUAAUUUCCUUGGCUUAGAGCCAACACAACCUCUUUCAGCUGCACAUUUACAAUCUUCACCUUCUCCUUCCAAAGACACACCUCAAAGCAAAAACUCGAAUUCUAAAGUACCUUCUCCCAUUGAAAUUUCACACCACAAAACAUCCCCUCAAAACAUUAUUGAAAGAUUGGAUUUAAGCAGACUCCAUAACAAUGGCAAUCUUUCACCUAGGUCUUCCUUAUCUCCUCGACUAAUGCAACCCAAGAGUCCGACAGAAUCAGAAAUUUUAUUUGUAAUUAACGCACUAGCAAGAAAAAGUCGAAAAUUACAAGAAGCAGCCGCUAAAAAGCAUGAAACUAAAGAUGUUAGCGUUCAAGGAGUGAGCGAAGAAAUAUCUGUACAUAAACUGAAAGAUGCUCAGGUAAACACCACACCUCAACAAACUAAGAACCUAGAGAUGGAUAGGCAAAGAACCAUAAUGUUAGAAAAGAAGCUGGAAAUGGAAAUCAAGCAAGAAGAAGAGUCUCUAUCGUUGUUGGGAAAGAAAGCAGAAAUGUUAAUAACUUCAAGCCAACAACUUUAUGAAGAUUCAUUUGGGGAUUGUACUUCUUCUGAGGAUGUCAUCAGCAUUUCCACUGAGUAUGAAGAAAGGGAGAGAAAAAUUGAAGCUAUGAAAAUGGAGCUUAAAGCUCUCCGCAUUAAGAAAAAGAAGCAAGAAGCAAAGUUGCAACAAUUGAUUAGAUCCAAAAGAAUUGAACAAAAACUUAGAGAGGUUAAAAAUGAGUUAAUUAUGCAAGACAAGAAACUUGGUGUUUCAUACGACAGCGAAACAACUUCCACGGACAAUGACUCAAUUCUUCUUUCAAACUCAGGUAGAAGAAGAAAGCUCAAGAAACAACAAGAACAACAAGUAGAUGGCACUCCUCAACCGAAUAUUGACGAAGAAGGUCUAAAGAAACGAAUAGAGAGCGAAUUAAAAGAGCAACUCACAAAAAAGAUGGAAGAAGACCUUGUUAAAAAGAGAAAAGAGGAGGAAGAGAUUAUACGUAGAAAAUUAGAAGAAAUUGAAGCUGAUAGAAGACGAAAAGAUGAAGAAAUGAAACGUAAAAUGGAGGAAGAGUUGGCACGUAAACAUGAAGAAAUCAAACGAUUGGAAGAGCAAAAUAAUUUGAAAAAGAGGUUAGAGGAAGAAUCUCUCAGAAUGAAAAUGGAAGAAUUGAAAAAGCAAGAGGAGCUACUUAAACAGAAAGAACGAGACCUAUUGCUUCGAAAGCAAGAAGAAGAUUUGCGACGACAAAAAGAAGAAGCUGAACACAAAAAAGAAAUAGAACGACAGAUACGACAAGCCCUGGAACAAGAAAUGAAGAUGAAAAAAGAACAUGAAGAAGCACUUCUUAAACAGCUUGAAGAAGAGCAAAACCUUAGAAGAAAGCAUGAACAAGCUCUCCAACAGAAAAUUCAAGAAGAAGCCAAUCUUAAAAAACAACUUGAAGAAAAUAUUCUUUGCAGAAAAAAGAUGGAUGAUGAAACUCUCUUGAGACAAAAAGCACUCGAACAAGAAGAGUUACUGAGAAGGAACGCAGAGAAAGAAGAAGCCCUGAAGAAAAAGCUUGCACAGGAAGAAAUUUUAAGAAAGCAAAUUGAACUCGAACUAGAGAUAUCUAAAAAGAAGGAACUAGAGCUACAGCGACAACAAGAGGAUCAAACAAAGAUGCAACAGCUGAUGCUCGAAGAAGAAAAACUUAGAUCUAUGUUAGAAAAUGAAGAGAAAAAACGAAAAACGCUCGAACAAUUAGCACAAAAGCAAAAAGAGGAUGAAGAACAUCUAAAAUCGUUGCUUGAAACUGAACGGUUAACAAGCAAGAGACUAGAGCAACAAGUUAAUGAGAGCAGGAUGAGACUCGAAGAGCAAGAGCGAUUAGUGAAGCUAAAAGAAGAGCAAAUGAAACAUAAGCAAUUGGAGCAAGACGAAAAGCUUCGCAAAGAAAUCGAACAGGCGACUAAACAAAAGGAACAAGAAUUAAAACGCAAAAUUGAGGAAGAAUUCAAGCAAAGAGAGGAGCAUUAUCGACAGCAGCUGUUCAAGAAGCCUGAAAAUAAGGAAGCUUCUGUUGAGACUGAAACUGUGUACGAAGAUGUAAAGAACAACAAAUGGAGCACAGAAGAAAUUACUGAUGAGGAUCAGCAAAAUUUAUCAGAAAUCGAGGAUCAUCAGCCAGUAGAUGAUGCAGAGGUCGUAAAUGAGGAAGUGGUGGAGGAAGUAGACACAUCUGUAACUCUCUCAACAGAAUUAAGCAGCACUGUCGACGACAAACAGAAUGACCAUAAUAUCAGUAUCUCCAGCAAUGAAUUUGAGAAAGAAGAAUUCACAACUGAGCAUGACGUUGUAUCCAACAAGCUUACAAACGUCUUUGACGAUACAGUCCCAACGCCUCCAUCACGUAAUAUUGAAGAUGAUCUUGCAUCGUUAGAUUCUCUCAAUUCUUCUUUCAAUUCGUCUUUUAAUUCACCAGAACAAAACACUGACGUUUUACCUGCUCAUUCUGUGUUGUUAAAAGAGUUUGACAAUUCUGAGCAUGGAGAAGAAGAGGAAAGCUUUGACGACCACUAUAUAGACAAUCAUGAUAUUCAUCUUAUUGACAAAGAGUUAGAUCAUAUCGACGGAGAUGAUGAUAACAUUUUUGCUUCUAACAUUGAACCAAAAGAUGACGACACAAACUUCCAAGUUUUCACAAAACUUGGGUCAGCUCCUGUGUUGAAGGAAGCCCAAAAAUCCACAAGUGUUAUUCAAACGAAAGAGUAUAUUGAAACAUUGGUGAACUCGUUUGUGAACGCAAGCGGAGUUGAAGCUUUUAAGACUGUGGGAGCUGUCUGUCCUCUUAUUGAAAGAUCUAUCCUUGAAAGUAGUGCAAAGCCCAACCAAGACGCUUUUGAUUUAUUGAUACUUGAAACAUUUAACACGUACAUCACGGAGUACAACUCCAUCAUACAAUCAGAACAUGCUGCUAAUGCCUUUAAGGGUCACAUAUUUGGAAGAGUGGAAGAAAGCACCAGAAAACGAAAAACCAUCUACAACAAAGUGCCUGACAUGUCACCUUUGGACUUUGCUUUUGAACGCUUGAUGAUUGCUUAUGAAUUUUCAAAGAACGAAAAAUUUGUCGAUCAUACACUUCUUGACAUUGAAAAUGAAUAUUUGCCAAAACACUCAAUACCCCUAAUUCCCGGCGUUGUGCAACCUCUAGAAAAGUGGAAAUCUACCAAUUAUGAAGAAGAGUUUGUUAAAACAUUUAUCACUGACCAGCUGUUUGACGAACUGUUACUGGACACAGCUCAAAGUCUCUUUAACGUUUUUGAAUAA